AUGGUGCUGCGAUUCCUGAUGCGAUAUCUGGCCAACAAUGAGCAGCUCAUCCAGCGCAUGUCGGAGAGCUAUCCCAUAAGACGGGCGGCCCAGUUGGCCGUUUCACUGAUGUACCGCACCAAGAGCUUGGCCAGGGAGCAGGGCCUGCAUGAGAUGACACCAGAGCGCUUCAAGUCCUUUAUGAAUAUGUUUAAGAACAACGUUCGGCAGGAACUGGAGGGCGUCAAGAAGGAGAUCAACAACAAAAAGAAGAACUAGGAGCCUCUUCGCCAUUGAAAUUGUAAAUACGUGGCAAGCAAAAUUUUAGUCAACUUUAGGAAUGAAUAAAAAUUGACAUAGAAGCAUUAAA